CUAAGCAACGCUCUCGGCGUCCUUGCCCUUUUGCAAAGGCUUCUGGGAAUCCGAGGCCCGAAGGUUGAACGACCGCCCUUUUUUGGAGCAACGAGAGUAGAACAGCGGUACAUGCGUCGAAGGAAACAUUAUCGCAAAACAACUUUUUGAAGCAGCGUAACCAAACCUGAGAGAAGGACACGGUCAAUUAUGGCGGCUGAGGUGGAGGUCAGGGUGGACGGAAGCAAUGAGUACCCAGCUCAUUACAAAGUCAUGAUGGACAAGCUUAAUGAACAACGACAGCUGGACCAGUUCACGGACAUUACCUUGAUUGUGGAUGGACACCAGUUCAGAGCCCAUAAAGCAGUGUUGGCAGCAUGCAGUCAGUUUUUCCAUAAGUUCUUCCAGGAUUUUACCCAGGAGCCACUGGUGGAGAUAGAAGGGGUGAGUAACACGGCCUUUAGCCAGCUGAUGGAGUUCACUUACACAGCAACACUAGCUGUAUCUGGAGAAGAGGAAGCCUAUGAUGUCUGGAAGGCUGCUGAAUACCUCCAGAUGCAGGAAGCCAUCAAAGCGCUCAGCAAUAAAAUAAACGAGAAUCCUUCUGUGACAGCAAAGAGCAAAAGUAAAAAGAGGAAGAUUGCUGAGACGUCUAAUGUGAUUACAGAAACCCUGCCUUCAGUGGAAGAGGAACAGGUCGAGAUUGAGGUAAUAGGAGAAGGGGCCAUUGAGGUGGAAGAGACUGGACUGGAGGAGGUGGUCGAUGCAGCAAAGAAUGCCCAGGCAUCGGAUAACUCUGCUCUGGCUCUUCUUGCUGACAUAACCAGCAAGUAUCAGCAAGGGGAAUCUACACUACAGGUCAUUAAGAAGGACGGAGUAGAAGAGGAGGUGGUGUAUCAGGAGGAAACGGUGACUGCCUCCAAGGUGCUGGAGAACAUUGAGGUCGUAGAGGUCCAGAUAUCCCAAGUAGACAACUUGUUUCGCUGCACCAAGUGCGAUCGUAGCUUCAAACUGUAUUACCACCUCAAGCAGCACUUAAAAACACACCUGGGCUCGCUGGAAAAACCCCACGUGUGCAGCCACUGCGGUAAAGCCUACACGCGGGAGGGGGCCUUGAAGCAGCACAUCAGCACGUUUCAUUUCGAUGCAGAAGAGCUGUCUCGAAACCAGAAGCCCCAGAAGAAAGUGCAUGUUUGUGAAUACUGUAAAAAACACUUUGACCACUUCGGACACUUUAAGGAGCACUUGCGAAAGCACACUGGUGAAAAACCUUAUGAGUGUCCAGAUUGUCAUGAGCGAUUUGCAAGGAACAGCACACUGAAGUGCCAUAUGGCAGCCUGUCAGAAUGGGGCCGGAGCCAAGAAAGGACGCAAGAAACUCUAUGAAUGCCAGGUCUGCAGCAGUGUAUUCAACAGCUGGGACCAGUUCAAAGACCACCUUGUCAGCCACACAGGAGACAAGCCCAACCACUGCACCAUGUGUGACAUGUGGUUCACCUACCCAAAAGACCUAAAGGCCCACCUCAAAGACGUCCAUUCCACUGAGGACAACAAAUCAACCGAGGAAGUAGUCAUCACCGACCCUGCCACCGCCCUCGCCAUCGCAACGCAGAGCAUAGAAGGAGCCGAAACUGUCCUGCUGGAUGAUGGAGUCCAGGUGGAGCAUGUCACAGUGGAGCCCGUGGACGUGAUGGAGAUGGAGGAGACGGCAACAGUUGUAGUUGAUGACGGAGGGCUGGCAGAGAUGUGCGAGGAGGACAUGGAGAGAUUAAAGCAGGCCGGGGUGCAGAUCCAGGUGGUGCACGUGACCACGACUGAAGUAGAUGGGCAGCAGGUGGUGAACUCUCAGGUGGAAGUAGAGGUGGAGGGUGAAAUGAUGAACGUUGAGGAAGCAGAACAAGCAGUGGCUGUAUGAGAAUGUGUCUGAAAUGACUUGCAGGAUGCUCUUUCAGUCCUGAAUGGCUGCAUUAUCGUGUAGAUGAUAUUUGUUCAUAAAGAACACUGCAUGUGGGAUAAAGCAUGUCACCGCAACAGUCCUGCUCUGUGCCAUUGCGUUGAAUGAUUCAGUUCCCCCUGCACUCACUCUUUGAACUCUGAGUUAUGGAGAUGUAUCAUUUCCUGCUAAUGAUCCUGUAUUUAUUUAAGCUGUUUACCAUGAUUAUCUGUUCUGGUGACUCUUUAUUGCUUCAACAAUCACUUCUUGUGUCUUUCCGUUUUCCUGUGUGUCCCUAUUUCAUUUCAACUUCAUAUUAUGUUUAAGUUUUGGGUCACUUGCCAAGACAAUUUAACAAUGGAUGAAAUGUUCUUGUUGCAGC